AUGCGGCGAUUAAAUCUAGAGAUAGUGAAAGGAGAAUGUCUAGAAGGAAUGAUGAAUGCCUUAACUAUCCAACCGUCAAGGUUUGAUGAGAUCAAAGAGAAUCAGGCUAGAAAUCUUAAGCUAGAGCGAAUAAAGGAAAAGAUUUCGCAAGCAAAAGAGACGGAAGUUAAGAUCCACGAUGAUGGAAGUUUUAGAAUUGCAGCCUUGGGCCUUCUGCUAGCUGCUAGUCUGCUACUGAAUAAUCACAUACUGAGUGUUCUUAAUGUACAAACAUACAUUGAUCUACAAGUUUACCACCGCCUUCAGGCUCCAUCUCCUUCAUUUACCUGUACUGCUAAGAAAUUCUGCCAUUUCUCAAUGGAGAUGCAAGUUUCAUCACCUGCUAAUUUGUUUUCCCUUGCUGUUUGUGUCACUCUUACUCUAUCUCGCUACCGCUCUCUCCUCUCCAAUGUUAUAACACAUGUAACUUCUCUCAGAUUGCAGACCUUGUUCGACCAUCUGGGUGGAUUUUGUAUCUUCUAUUUUGCAAUUUUCGGUCUUGUGGAAGGUAAGGUUAUUGGUGUCAAGUCAAACAUCUCCCAAGUUGGUUUUGACAUUGACUCAAUCCGUGAGAUGAUAAAUGGACUGGUGGCCAUUUGAAGAUUAUGGCGGUGGAAGAAAAGAAUCAAGGGAUGCAUGCAUAGCUCCUUCAACUAUGAAGCUCAUAUUCUUGAAGUUAUAGGCUUUGAGUGACCUUCCUUUGUUUUGAAGAUGACAUUUUAGAAUAAUAAGUUGGAAUUAUCUAACAGACGUGAUGUUUUGGUAUUAAAUUUUUGUUUUGGAGAUACUAGCUAAUAAAUAGUUUCGAUAAUGUGUAAAUUUAAUUCGAUGAUAUAUUUAAAGUGAGUACGUAUUAUUAUAUAAAUUAAUAUAAUUAGCAUCGCUUUCGUUAUCA